GUCAGUCCGCUAUACAGCGAGGGUUGGUAUUGAUGAUCAGCAAUACAUCUCGGUGUGUAUAUAUACAAAUAUGGGAUAAAGGCAUUCCCUAUGUGUGUCUCACAACAGAGUCAGCGACGAUUGAAAUCAGGCCGUCAUAUCGUCUAAGAACUCCCAUGCUGCUUUUCUUAAUUGGCCAACAUUGGAUAAUGCCCACGGAACCGUCGAAAUAGCAGCUAGCUUGGUUUCAACUGAAUACAUACGCUCAGGAGGCUAGGCUGCAACAAGCGUACUCACUAACUCACCAGCCUUGUGGUCCCUCCACUGUGAGCUCUCCUGUAAUGCAAGCUUAGAAAAUUAACAGACAGAUUUCACGUCUGCUGUUGUUAUAGGGAGAGACUGUCAGCCAUGAUUCCUUGGACAUUGGGGAAAUAUUUGAAGAGGAAACAGGGAUAGUGUGAUGGAGACAGGAAUUCCAUUACCAAAAUGAGAAAAAUCAUGGAGAGUUUUAAGGAUGUGCUGUUUUUAGGUGCUCAUUAAGUGCGUCAGCCACGUGUUUCAUAGAGGAUAGGAUUAUCAUAGUGGAUAUUUUAUAUUUGGAUAUUGUUUCUCUCCCACGAACUCUGAAGUGUUCCAAGCACACCUGAGAGUACGCUGCUUCCUCGGUAAUUAACAUGCGUGCUCCCCUCAGGGAUAGAUUAGUGAAUUCGAGGGCUCAUUUUCAUUUGGGCUGGCUUUAGCCAUAUCCGACUUGUUUACUACCUGAAGACUAUUGGGAGAGAUAUUCUCUAAAUUUCUUGGUAAUUAAUGUGAGUUUGGUGUCAGUGACGGUUUGUUGUGCUUACGGACCACAGAAGGUGAUUUGAGGCCAGGAAGAAUAGGACAUAUGGGUGAGAUUGGUGUAGAGGUGCAGUGCUUGCCAUACGGAACAUGUCUCCUGUAGUCGAGGGAGGAUGUUGCUAGGAUUAUACUGCCUCAAAGAUGGUCGCACCUAGCAGUAGACAUAGCCAAUGUAUCGGUCCUUUAAGCCAAGCUAGGAGAGCUCAAUCCUCCUUUCCCACUGACUGUUUAUCUGGAUUUUUUGGUCCAUUCUAUUCGAUAAGGAGAUACACCACUGGCAUUAUGACAACUACGGAUAUAGAUAUUGUAGGUGAAUCCUGAAAACCCUGAGUACAACGCUGGUGUUUCAGGAGAAAGCAUUGUAUUGUGUACAGAGGAUAAUGGUUGCGGAGAGUUAAUGCCACUCAGCCUGUGGUGUUGUUUUUUCAUGAAGGAUCGAGGAAUAUACUAAGAAAUAAUUAUGUCCGACAUGGAUCUGAAACCUCGGCCUGAUCGUCCUCGGAUUUACAUGUCCAGUAAGACGCACAAGGUGGUUGUCGUAUUUCCUAAUGGAGAGGUGGUUGAAGUGGCAAACCCACCUGACAAGUCAAAAGAUGACAGCAGUGUGGGGUCAUCGUCAGCGGCUGCCACAGCAGCAGCAGCAACAGCCACAGCCAGGAAUGGGCAGCUUUCACGAACGGGAUCUCUCACAGUGUUACGGAGAACCAACUCCCGGAAGACGGGGAGUAGCAGCAGCCGGGCUUCCAGCAUCAGCAUCGACAGUGUGGAGUCCUACGCCUCCGUCGAUGUUGGCGUGGACAAACUCCCUGGAGUUGAUGCUCCUGAAGCCUCCCAUGCAUGUUCAGUCAGAUUACGGCAACUUGUGCGGAGGUUAGAAAAAGAUGAUUUAUCCAAAGAAGAUUUAAAGAAUAACUUGGAAUAUGCAGCAUCAGUGUUAGAAUCCGUGUACAUAGAUGAGACGAGACCCGCGACCUUGGAGAGCAAAAAACAACCAGCCACAGUUCGCGAAGAGACAGAUCCUAUUUCAUCCAAGGAGAAAGGUCGGGGUUCGGCCGCAAAUACAAGGCGUCUGUGUGAGGAAGAUGACGAACUCAGUGAGGUGGAGCCUGAUGCCGUCCCGAGCGAAGUACGAGACUGGCUGGCCUUGACCUUCACACGCUCUAUGAGCAAUAUGAAGCGGAAAGGAGAAGAGAAACCCAAGUUCCGUAGUGUAGCACAUGCAAUAAGAGCAGGGAUUAUGGUGGACAGGAUAUACCGCCGGUUAUCUAGCUCUGUGGGAAUACAUGUGCCGCCUCAUGUCUUAAUACAAUUAAAGCAUCUUGAUGACUGGUCUUUCAAUGUGUUUGCUGUGAACGAUGCAUCUGACGGCCAUGCAUUGAAGUUCGUGGGUUUUACACUGCUGCAGAAGUAUGAUCUUAUCACAAAGUUCAAAAUCAACACCCAAGUCUUGGAGAGUUUCCUGUUUGCCCUGGAGUCCGGCUACAGCAAGUACCUCAACCCCUACCACAACCUCCUCCACGGUGCCGACGUCGCACAGACAGUACACUACGUGCUGUCUCAGAGCAAGCUUGCACACUGGUUGACAGACUUAGAAAUAUUUGCAACCAUUGUGGCAGCAUUGAUACAUGACUUUGAGCACACUGGAACGACGAACAAUUUCCAUAUCAAUACAGGGUCUGAAGUGGCAUUACUGUACAAUGACCGGGCUGUGCUAGAGAACCACCAUAUAAGUGCUGCCUUCCGCAUCAUGAAGGAAGAGGAAUGUGGCAUUGCCAGCAAUCUUAGCAAGGAAGAAUAUCGGGAGUUCCGGACACUAGUGAUAGACAUGGUGCUGGCAACCGAUAUGUCCUUCCACUUUCAGCAGAUAAAAAACAUGAAAAAUCUUCUAACUGUGCCAGAAAAUAUUGACAAGUCAAAAGCGGUGUCAUUAGUUUUACACUGUGCAGACAUCAGUCACCCUUCCAAAGACUGGGAUCUCCACAAGAGGUGGACAGAUCUCCUCCUGGAAGAGUUCUUUAGACAGGGUGACCGUGAACAGGAGCUGGGUCUGCCCUUCUCCCCUCUCUGUGAUAGGAAGAACACUCUUGUGGCCGAGUCACAAAUUGGCUUCAUUGACUUCAUCGUAGACCCCAGCUUCCAAGUGAUGGGGGACAUGCUGGAUAAAAUACUCAGCCCACUUCACAAGCAAGAGCAAUCUGCACGCAACAUUGACGAAGCCAUCUCCGAGGAAGUGUUCGAGGACAAAGUCAACCGAUCAUCGAGCGGAUCGAGUUUGAGUAGUCGUCCGAGUACGCCCAAAACACCUCUCUCACCGGGAGGACGUUACGAGCUAAAGCGGCCAUGGGUUGAGUGUCUGUCUCACAACAAAGUCAACUGGAAGGAGAAGGCAUUGAAAGAUGCGGAAGAGCGCCAUCUAGCAGCAGCACGGGCAAUUGCACAUGACGCAGUCAACAAAUCCAAUACAGAAGAUUCAGAGUCGGAGAAAAAACAGGCCAAAGAAACUGAGCCUGAAAAUGAGACAAAAGACUCGACAGCAGAGUCUGAUAAGCAAUCGAGUGCCAUGAACUCAGAUACUAUCAGUAUUAGGCCACUUGUGAAAGGAAUAAGCCGCAAAACCUCAACCACAGACCUACUAACGACUUCGGUGUCAAGGUCAACGUUCAGGUCACACGAAGGAAGGUCAGAGACCAUUCAAUCCGAAGACAGCUCAGAACCGGAAAUGAUUGAUUCCGGAUGUGGCACAGAUGAGCUGUCACCUUCCCAGAAGUCCCCGCGGGAGUCCCUCACCGGAAGAAGCAAGCAUCUGCCCCAAGUGUACGAGUCUAGCAAUUACGAACAAUCUACAACAGAAUCAGAAGGAGAGACUUACCAGAGCAGUUAGCGAGAGGAAGACGCAAAGGAAGAUCUCUUCAAGUAAUAUUCUUACCGUCGAUAAAUGUUUUCCCGUCAGUCCCAGCCAGGAGAGCAUUUGACACUAAUGUCAUCUCUAUGCCAAUAUUUUCACGUUGUGUAAUUGUACAUAGUUUAACAUUCCUUAAACGCCCUUAGUUGAGUACAAUGUACUUUUAUUGGAUGCCAUACAAACCAUUUAAUGUGACUACUCUGUUGAUGUCCGUUCUCUUAGACGAACUUUCAUUAGAUAUUGAAACAAUAUUUGUUUUCAAAACAACUGAUGGAUCCAGAGGGGAAUCAGGGGCGAUAACUCAACUGUUUCAGAUACCUCACUUGUCACCCGGCCCUAGACUAAGUCACUUGGGUGAUUUGAGCAACCACCGCCCCCCAAUUUUUAAAUUCCUGGAUCAACAUCUUAGGACGUUUUGAAUGUGUUGGAAUUAUAUUUUACAAAAUUUUAUUGAGCUCUUUCUGGGAUGAAAGGUGUAUUUCUAGCGACAGUGAAAAAUAUAUGCUGUCCAGGCGUUCCAGGUCCCUGUCCGGUUUUUGAGACUGUGCCGAUUGACUGAUCCAUGUAAAUAUUCACCGACCAACUGUCCAUCUAAUGUUCAAUAUGUGGAUUUGAAUGUCGUUCUUUGUAUGUUGAACUGUCCAAUCCAAUGUGAGUAUGCACACAAUGUAUGGGCGUCCUGCGUCUGUUCAAUAUGGUGACGGAGAACAGUGUAUAUCAUGGGUAUCAACCUGUUUCGUCUAACUUGUAAAACAGGUAAACAGUAGCAAUUAGACGACCCAGGCAUAGUCAGGGUUGAGUGACUUUGCUCGUUAGACGAAGUAAGCAUGUGGACCAAUCCAUUUCAAACUUAACAGGGGUGUUACCACAAAAUAAAAACAAAGACAACAGAAAUAUA